AAAAAAUGACUGGAAACUAUGAGAACUUGUGAACAUGGGUGUAGUUCUCCCACAGCCACAAAGCCUGUGAGAGGAUGGUUAUGGGAGAGGGCUGACAAAAGGGGGAGGAAAAUUAGGCCCGCCAGCAUUCUUCUCAUUUGAAGCUGUAACUACACAAAAAAGAGCACUCACGCAGUCUGGGCUGGAUCUGCCUGCUGCUCACAGGGCGAGGCAGUCUCGUACUCAAGGUGUUGCGGUAACAACCUGAGUAGUUUUUUUUUUCUUUUCUUUUUUUUUUCUCCGCACAAUAGGCUCAUGUGUGUCCUAUAGACAUGAAGGGCUUUGUGCAUUUAAGGACUUCGCUUUUUCUGGUGAUUUCUGUGACUCGGGUUUUUCUUGUUACAAGUCAAGAUGCAACCGGUGGAGAUGACGUGAACUGCAAAGCGGACGGCCAGGUGUACACAAACAAGGACAUCUGGAAACCAGAUCCAUGCCGGAUCUGUGUCUGUGACAACGGCCAAGUCCUGUGCGAAGAGAUCCACUGUGAUGAACUGACCAACUGUGAGAAGGUUUACAUCCCAGAAAACGAGUGCUGCCCCGUGUGCCAGACAGACUCUUCCGGUGGUCGUGGAACCAGCACUUUUGGUGGAGACAGGAUCUAUAAGGGUCAAAAGGGCGAGCCUGGCGAUGUCCCCCAGGUCACUGGUAUCAGAGGUCGCCCAGGACCCAUGGGACCACCCGGCUCUCCAGGAGAACGAGGACCACGUGGAAACAAAGGCCGGCCCGGACUGCGGGGUACCGCGGGUUACGAUGGAGAGCCUGGUGUGCCUGGUCAGCCCGGUGAACCUGGACCUCCAGGACAUCCAACACAUUCAGGAUCACCAGGAGGUCUGAUGUCCCAAAUGGCCUCAGGGUUUGAUGGGAAAACUGGACCACAAGCAAUGCUGAGCGGCUCCAGGGGCGAAGCAGGAACAAGAGGACCUCCUGGUCCAAACGGUUCCCCUGGCCAAGCUGGACCACAGGGGCCUCAUGGAGACGUUGGAGACCCAGGACAUAUGGGUCCGUCUGGCCAACGGGGGGCUGAGGGUCCUCCAGGAAAACCAGGUGAAGAUGGAGAACCAGGAAAACCAGGAAACUCUGGAGAGGUUGGAUUCCCCGGAUCAGCUGGUCCAAGAGGGUUCCCUGGUACUCCUGGACCUCCUGGUCUGAAGGGCCACAGAGGCCACGGUGGACCGAUUGGUCAGAAGGGAGAAACUGGAGCCGUUGGAUCCAAGGGGGCUACGGGACCACCUGGACAAAUGGGAGGCCCUGGACCUAUGGGUCCUGCUGGGAUGCCAGGAGAGAGGGGACGCGUUGGGCCCGGCGGUAUCGCGGGCAAACGUGGGCCACCUGGUAAUGUUGGAAAACCUGGUCCGAUGGGUCCUCUAGGUCUCAGCGGCCCCUCCGGAUAUCCAGGGGGCCCAGGAAUGAAGGGUCAACCUGGUCCAACAGGAGUCCGUGGUCCUGAAGGCCCUCAGGGACAGAGAGGAGAAACAGGUCACCUGGGCAGACCUGGACCAGUCGGCAUCAGGGGACCCAUGGGUACAGACGGUGGGACGGGAACCAAAGGACCAGUGGGGAACCUUGGUCCACAAGGUCAAGGAGGACACGCUGGACCCCCUGGACCACCAGGACCUCAGGGAAGCACCGGGCAGCCUGGUAUCAAAGGACAACUGGGAGAUGUUGGUGUUCCCGGGUUUAAAGGAGAGGCGGGACCAAAAGGAGAACCUGGUCCACCAGGUUCUCAGGGUGUGAUUGGACCUCAGGGUGAGGAAGGGAAGAGAGGGCUUCGUGGAGACCCUGGUUCUGUCGGACCCCCUGGUCCUGUUGGUGAGAGAGGAGCUCCUGGUAACAGAGGGUUCCCCGGUGCUGAUGGACUUCCAGGACCUAAGGGUGCUCAAGGAGACCGUGGUAUAUCUGGACCAGGAGGCCCCAAAGGUUCCCUGGGAGACCCUGGUCGUACAGGAGAACCUGGUCUACCAGGUGCUAGGGGACUCACUGGCACCCCCGGAGUCCAGGGAGCAGAAGGCAAGCCAGGACCUCUGGGCGCCCCGGGUGAGGACGGACGUCCAGGACCUGCAGGGUCCAUCGGAACCAGAGGACCCGCCGGAACAAUGGGGGUUCCAGGCCCCAAGGGCUUCAACGGUGACCCAGGAAAGACAGGUGAACAAGGAUCUGCAGGAGUUCCAGGUCAAAGGGGUCCUCCAGGAAAAGACGGUGAAGUGGGCCCAGCCGGUCCUCCAGGCCCGUCUGGCGUGGCCGGAGACAGAGGAGAGCAGGGACCACCUGGUGUGAAUGGAUUCCAGGGGCUGCCUGGAAAUCAAGGUCCUCCAGGUGAACCUGGAAAACCGGGUGAUCAAGGAAUUCCUGGAGAACUUGGUGCCGUCGGUCAGAUCGGACCCAGAGGAGAACGUGGAAUACCAGGAGAAAGAGGAGACUUGGGCCCAACUGGUCUGCAAGGACCAAAAGGGAUCCCUGGUGCACCUGGUCCUGACGGCUCAAAGGGAAGUCCUGGUCCCCCUGGUGCCCUGGGUGAUGUGGGUCCUCCAGGUCUUCAGGGAAUGCCGGGAGAGAGGGGCAUCUCUGGGCCCCCUGGGCCUAAAGGAGACAGAGGAGCGAUCGGUGAGAAAGGAUCCGAGGGUACAGCAGGGAACGACGGAGCCAGGGGGGCUCCUGGUCCUGUCGGCCCAGUAGGAUCUGCUGGACCCAGUGGAGAGAAGGGUGAACCUGGACCCAAAGGACCAGCUGGACCUCCUGGAUCCAGAGGAAUGCAUGGAGCCAGAGGAGAACCUGGUCCAAUCGGUGCCGUCGGUUUCGCUGGACCUCAGGGUCCUGAUGGUCAACCUGGUGUGAAGGGAGAGCCUGGAGAGCCAGGCCAGAGAGGAGACGCUGGAUCUCCAGGACCUCAGGGUGCAGCUGGAGCUCACGGACCUCAUGGGCCCGUCGGUGUCGCCGGACUCAAAGGCGGAAGAGGAACACAGGGGGCGCCAGGUCCAACUGGUUUCCCCGGGUCUGCAGGAAGAGUGGGACCACCAGGCCCAACUGGUCCACUUGGAGAACCUGGAGCUAUUGGACCUCCAGGAAAAGAGGGACCUCGUGGGCUGCGUGGAGAUCAUGGACCUCCUGGAAGACAAGGAGAGCGGGGCCCAGCAGGUCCACCAGGCAGUGCUGGGGACAAAGGAGAUUCUGGAGAAGACGGACCUACGGGCCCUGAUGGUCCUCCAGGCCCAGCUGGAACCACAGGACAGAGAGGCAUUGUGGGUCUUCCUGGUCAGAGGGGAGAACGUGGAAUGCCAGGUCUUCCAGGACCAGGGGGUCCACCAGGCAAACAGGGGUCUACAGGACAAUCAGGAGAGAAAGGCCCCCCAGGUCCCGUUGGUGUUCCAGGUGCUAAUGGACCCCGUGGUGAUCCCGGUCCUGAUGGACCCUCAGGUUCUGAUGGACCUCCAGGAAAGGACGGCGUUCUUGGACAAAGAGGAGACAGAGGAGACCACGGUCCAGAGGGAUUAAUUGGACCACAGGGACUUCCUGGUCCUCCAGGUCCUGUUGGUGCACCAGGUGAUGCCGGGAGGCGAGGAGAGGCUGGUUCUAGAGGACCAGUGGGUCCACCGGGCUCAGCUGGUAAGAGAGGACUAGUGGGACCUCAAGGACCAAGAGGAGAUAAAGGUGAUCUGGGAGAUCAUGGAGAACGAGGUCAGAAAGGUCAUCGUGGUUUCACUGGUUUGCAGGGUCUUCCAGGACCUCCGGGAACCACCGGUGAGCAGGGAACUCCAGGGAUCGUUGGACCCAGUGGAGCCAGAGGGCCCCCUGGACCUAUUGGACCCCAUGGAAAGGAAGGGUAUGUUGGACAACCAGGGCCCAUGGGACCUCCUGGAACCCGUGGCAUCAGCGGAGAAAUUGGACCAGAGGGGCCUCCUGGAGAGCCAGGUCCCCCAGGUCCUCCAGGUCCCCCAGGACCUCCCACCGCUGCCUUGGAUGAUUUCCUGGGCGGCCCUCAUGAUUACGAAUCCGGUCCACCUCCUCCUCCUGAGUUCAGUGAGGACGAAGCUCUGCCCAACAGUAACUCCACCAACACGGUGGUGGACCCCGGCGUCCAGGCCACGCUGAAGGCCCUCAGCAGCCAGAUCGACAGCAUGAAGAGCCCAGACGGCAGCAGGAAGUACCCUACCUUAGUUUGUUUCUCUAUAAAACUGUGCUAUAAUCAAAGUAUUUCUGAUCCAGGAGAGUACUGGGUGGAUCCGAACCAAGGCAGUUCUGAGGACGCCAUCCAAGUCUUCUGUAACAUGGACAGCGGGGAGACCUGCAUCUCAGCCAAUCCACCCAACAUUCCCCGUAAAUCCUGGUGGAGCUCCUCCAGGAACAAACCUGUGUGGUUUGGAGCCGACAUCAACCGAGGAACACAGUUUGCGUACGGCAACAAAGACCAGCCGUCCAACUCGGUCACGGUGCAGAUGACCUUCAUCCGUCUCCUGUCCAAGGAGGCGUCUCAGACCAUCACCUACCACUGCAAGAACUCUGUGGGCUACAAGGACCAGAAGACGGGCAACUUGAAGAAGGCCGUGAUCCUGAAAGGCGCCAACGACCUGGAGCUGAAGGCAGAAGGAAACAACCGCUUCAGAUACACAGUCGUGGAGGACUCGUGCGCUCACGCAAACGGCAACUGGGGCAAAACAGUGUUUGAGUACAGGACACAGAAAACAGCAAGACUUCCAAUAGUGGACAUUGCUCCUGUGGACAUUGGUGGCACAGAUCAAGAGUUUGGCAUCGAUAUCGGGCCGGUGUGCUUCCUGUAAGAGCGGCGGCAUGAAUGUGUGGGGAGCGACCCUGAGACUGUUGAACUGACCGCUGACACGAUCAGCCUCUUUGUACAUACGAGUACUGAGAACUAUCCUGGCCCUGUGGCAAGAUAUUUAUUGUGCCUUUUGACCCAGUCCGAGACAUUAAUGAUUUGUAAGUUAGAAGAAGGUUUGGAAUCACCCAAAAAAAAAAGGUAAAAAUCUGAAUCAUUCCCUCGUCUUCUCGUGUUAACGCUCGACUUUAGGCUCCUUGCAUUUAGAAACUCACAAAGUCUGGGCUGCGUUAAUCAUCUUGAUUAAAACCAGAAAACAAUUGAACUGCUGUUUAUAGGCUGAACGACCCCCAAAUAUCAAACGUUGAACCUGCAUUGACUUUUUUGUUUUGUUUUUUGUUUUAAAUGGAUUUGUCCUUUUAUUUUUUAAUGUCAUUUUUUAACACCUGAAUAUAAAACAUUGUGGUGCUAUUGAGGAAAUAAACACAGCUGAUCAUGCCUUUUUCCAGCUCAGGUAUUUUCUCAAGACAGUUGUUGAUGUUGACCAGAGUCUGUAUCCACGUAUUCUCCACUCUGUACUGAUCGCCUGAUCCAACAUUAAAGACACGUUGAGACUGUCGCUUCCUCAGUGUUAGCUACCUCGUCACCCCAAAACUGAGAGAAUGAUGUGAUUACGUGUAAAUGCUUAUUCGGUUUUUUUUCUACAGGUGCUCUUUUGUACGUCCUGUGAUCUUUGUGCACGUCUCCAGGCUCCGUGGUUACGCGGCAGGGUUUGGGGGGUUGCCAAUAAAGAUCUUUCUGUCAAAGAUGGAGAGACGAAUGAGGUCGUUGUGUGACUGCUGUGUGGUACUUUGUCACUUCUUUUCUUUCCCUCCUCAGUAAUAUCGUAGGUAUUGUGAACGGUAGCAUAGAAACAUUUUUUUAUGCAUGUCACCCCCCUCCCCUGUGCAAUAUCUGCCAUUUAUACACACUUUUCUUUUUUAUAACCACUUUUAUAGAAUGAGGUGGGUGAGUGCCUGAUUGCUUUGUAUUGCUUGCUAUGCAACCAAUUAAACACAAAUGCUUG